CUCUGUUACCUUACCCAGGGAAAAGGGACCUACUUAGCCUGGGGCUAAUAUAUCUGCCUUCUAUUAGAGCUGGCCGAGCGAGCGCUGGUUGAGAAGCUGCCUGCCCGUGCGCCCCAUCCCUUCCAUCCGCGCUCGGAGCCGCCCAGCACACGGUAACCAUGUGUGAUCAAAAGGCUGUGAUCAAGAAUGCGGAUAUGUCUGAAGAGAUGCAGCAAGAUUCAGUGGAGUGUGCCACUUAGGCCCUGGAGAAAUAGAACAUCGAGAAGGAUAUUGCAGCUCAUAUAAAGAAGGAGUUUGACAAGAACUACAACCCCACUUGGCACUGCAUUGUGGGAAGGAACUUUGGCAGCUAUGUGACUCACGAGUCUAAGCACUUCAUCUAUUUUCAAGUUGCUAUUCUCCUCUUCAAAUCUGGUUAGAGCACAGUCUGUGCUAUCCAAACUUGCAUCGGGUUCCAGGACUGCACACUAAUUCUAAAUAGAGACUGAAAUCUUAAGCCUUCCCCAGGGAACACACCUUGCUCUUCAAGCCUUUUGUUGUGGUGGUAAUGGACUGUACCAGUUUGUUUACAUUGUGGCUAUAAAAAAUAGCAAAAAAAAAAAAUUACUCUCCUAUAGGAAUCUGGCCCGACCCUGUAACACUAUGUUUUGAAUCGGAUUACCCUGUAAGGUUUUUACUAUCCUGAUUUUACAGAGGUGAUUCUUUUACCUUUUCUUUAAUUAAAAUUCUUCUUUUAAGAA